GCAGUGAAGGGAAGCGACAAGGUAGGCUGUCAUUCUGCAAAAGCUGCCCAUCGCAAGCUCGCCUCUCCGAAGCGCUGCUCUGCUUUUUUAGAAAGCCUGAAUCUCAGUGGUGUCUCUGGAGACAAGAAGCCUUCAGUAUGUUAAAUUACUUUCAUUAUGUAUUUUCAAAUGCUUAUUGAUUCUACAGUAGGAAGAGUGGGAGACUGCAGCAGCCUCUAAACCAGAACUAAAGCAGUUGUAUACAUUAGCAGUAUGCUGAAACAAUGGCACACUACAGGCACAAAUUCUCAUUAAGGUCAUUUUUCGAGGAUGUGCUUUUCACCCUCUUUCCCUUCUUCUCUGCUAACAAGUGAACAAAAUGAAUCCCUCCAACCUGGAACUGCUUCACCUGCACCGAGAAUUUAUCAAACCUGUAGCGGAGGGCAUGCAGGAUCUAAUUCAGUUUUACAACUGACAGUAUGAAGAGCGCAGUUGGCGGGGUACCCUUCUAGCUGUAUGACCUACAAGCAGCAGGACUCACCACUACCGUGCAUUCUUAAGGCAUAAAGGAAUUAGAAACAAAACAUGGAGCACGCUUGUAUUACCAUUUACAUGUCAAGAAUAUACGUGGAAGACUGACGCAUCUGCUCAGAUUUCUUUAGAAGAAGAAUACGAGUGAUUCUUAAAAUGGUGAGCAUUUCUUAAAGAGGGAUUUAUAAUUUAAAACCAGAACUGUGGAAACUACCGAUGCAUGAAGAAACAAUGAAACAUGAAUUCCCGAAAGGAGAAUAUGCAUUAUUCACCAGCAAGCUGCACAAGGGUUUAACCACGCCUUUUCUAUACUGCUCAUUAAAUAUCUUAUUUGUCAUAAUGACUAAUGGAUAUUUUUCUCUCAAUUUUAUGAUCUGUUAUGUAUUCUCCUUAAACGAAUAUAAACCAAAUUAGGUAACUCAUGGUUACUGUCAAAGCACACGAACUGGAUUUUAUGAUGUACAGCAACUUCUUCAACUAAGCCAUCGCUCAAAAGUAAUGAGCAGGAGUAUUACAGAAAGAAAUGCGCAACUGUAACUAAAGGAUGUCUACGUACACUCUGAACACAGAAGGCAGAUACUCUUCCUUUUUCUUUUUUAAACCUGGAAAAUAAAAGCAGGCUGCUACAAAAUGCAAGAGGGGAAAGAAAUUAACAUCACCUAAAAGAAGGUUUGUCGCUGCUGGCCUGGAACUCGGCACAGACGAAGUAUCUCAAGCAACUGAGCAGUCCCCAUGUUUAAUCAAAAUUUUCUACUGCUGAAGUGCUGGAGCAAAAAGAGGAAAAAAAAAUCUGCAAGGAAUGAAGUAAGAGCCCAGCUAGUACUUGGUUUCCAGGUGACAGUGCAUGUCAAAUAUCUGUCGGUGACACCAUGUAUCAAUUUAUGACAAGCUGUUACGAGGAGCUGAAAGACCCUUGAGGCGCAGGAAGCAGGAGAAAAAGCAACUGCAACAAAAGAAUGUGUUUCUCCCCCAUUCUGGAAGGCAACAUGCAGUUUGAAUCUAACUUCACAGUUCGAGAUGCCAUUGAUGACAUCGACACCAACAUGUACCGACCACUGUCAUAUGCAUUAAGCUUUCAAGUGUCUCUCACUGGAUUUUUGAUGUUAGAAAUUGUUUUGGGACUUGGCAGCAACCUCACCGUGCUGGUACUUUACUGUAUGAAAUCCAACUUAAUCAAUUCUGUCAGUAACAUAAUUACAAUGAACCUUCACGUACUUGAUGUAAUAAUUUGUGUGGGAUGUAUUCCUCUUACUAUAGUUAUCCUUCUGCUUUCACUGGAGAGUAACACUGCUCUGAUCUGCUGCUUCCACGAGGCUUGUGUCUCUUUUGCAAGCGUUUCGACCGCAAUCAAUGUCUUUGCUAUCACUCUGGACCGAUACGACAUCUCUGUCAAGCCUGCCAACCGAAUUCUGACCAUGGGAAGGGCUGUGAUACUAAUGACAUCAAUAUGGAUCAUUUCGCUUUUUGCCUUCCUGAUUCCUUUCAUUGAAGUCAAUUUCUUCAGUCUUCAAAGCGCAAGUACUUGGGAGAACAAAACGCUGCUGUGUGUCAGCGCAAACGAGUACCACACCGAGCUAGGGAUGUACUACCACCUCCUCGUCCAGAUCCCAAUCUUCUUCUUCACCGUGGUAGUGAUGCUAAUCACGUACACCAAAAUACUCCAGGCUCUUAAUAUCCGAAUCGGCACAAGAUUUACAACGGGACAAAAGAAGAAAGCUCGAAAGAAAAAAACUAUUUCUCUCACCACGCAGCACGAGACCACGGACAUGUCGCAGAGCAGCGCAGGAAGAAACGUGGUCUUUGGCGUAAGGACUUCCGUGUCUGUGAUCAUUGCCCUGCGCCGAGCCGUGAAGCGGCACCGGGAGCGACGAGAGCGGCAGAAGAGAGUCUUCAGAAUGUCCCUCCUGAUCAUUUCCACCUUCCUGCUCUGCUGGACACCCAUCUCCGUUCUAAACACCACAAUCUUGUGUUUGGGCCCAAGUGACCUUUUGGUAAAGUUGCGCUUAUGUUUUCUAGUCAUGGCAUACGGAACAACUAUUUUUCACCCUCUACUUUAUGCAUUCACGAGGCAAAAAUUUCAGAAAGUUCUGAAAAGUAAGAUGAAGAAACGAGUUGUUUCAAUCGUGGAAGCAGAUCCCAUGCCAAAUAACGCUGUCAUACACAACUCAUGGAUAGAGCCUAAACGGAACAAAAAGAUCACCUUCGAAGACAACGAAGUAAGGCAGAAAUGUUUAGUACCUCAGGUUGUCACUGACUAGACUUCAGUAUUCACCAAAACACAUCAAGAGGAACAUCUGAACAAACUGUAGAGAAAUACUGCCAAAUAAGAAAAACAUUUUUUAACUAUUGGCUAGACUGUACAUUUUCCAAUAUCUGUGUUAAAUAGAGUAGGUCUCGUAUAUUCGAUUUCUUCAUGAUGUAAGAUAUCUGUUGCAUGGCUGUUUGUUAGCGUAACACCAUGUGUAUAUUUGUCAGAAAUAUUCAAGUCCUCUUUUUUAGGAAAUAAAUAGCCUUAAAGAAGUGCAAACUUUUGAAAA